AUGGACUUUGCAGCUAGUUUGUUUGAGCAAUUUGUGUUAGAUCGAAGUGCCAAAUUACUGCCUUUAAGCGAUAUUAAUACGAACGAACUUCCUCUCGAUUUGGACGAGUUAGCUAAAGAGAACUUGUUACCCAUGGAGAGCGACUUCAACAAGAACAAGGAGGAAAGCUACGAGAAGCCGCAACUCACCGAGAUGCGUAACAUGAAUCAACAACAACCGGCCGAGAGUCAAGGAAGCGACAACUAUGAGGUAGGUUUUGUUUUUAUAUUGUUUUUGUAGUUUAGGUAUGA